CUUCCCCGCCAGCCGCCAGCCGCCCGCCUCCUGCUGGAUCACGCUCGCCGGCUGCCGCCGCCCACUCGCUCUGGUCGCUCGAGUCCGUCCCCACCACCGGCCGUCGCUAGCUCGUCCCCAUCCACCCGGCCCGCCGCUCCCGUCCGCUCGCCGGCCGGCAUCCGAGCAGGGAGCUGACAGGAGCAGGAUAUCGGAGCAGGGUGAGAGCUGGGCCGAGCUCGCUCAUCGACAGGCGAGCAGCUGCUUCCAGUGGUAGGCCGCGCGCUAGCUAGAUCGAGCCGGCGGUCGAUCUGAUUUCUGCGGCCGGACGGCCGUCGGCGACGACGAGGAUGGAAGAAGAAGGGGGCAGCAGUACUCUACGCAUACUCGUGGCAACGGAUUGCCACCUUGGCUACCUUGAGAAAGAUGAGGAGCGAAGAUUCGACUCCUUUGACACUUUUGAAGAGAUCUGCUCAUUGGCAGAAAAACAUAAGGUGGAUUUCCUACUCCUUGGUGGUGAUUUGUUCCAUGAGAACAAGCCUUCCAACUCGACAUUGGUAAAGACAAUUGAGAUCCUGCGACGCUAUUGCAUGAACGACCGGCCGGUGAAGUUUCAGGUGAUAAGUGAUCAGGCAGCAGGCAGCCUCCGGAAUAGGGUUGGCCAAGUGAAUUAUGAAGACUCAAACUACAGCAUUGGCUUGCCUAUCUUCGCCAUCCAUGGGAGCCACGAUGGUCCUACUGGAGUUGAUAACAUGUCUUCGAAUGAUAUACUCUCAGCUGGAAAUUUUUUGAAUUAUUUUGGUAAAACUGAUCUUGGAUGCACGGGUGUCGGUAAAACAACAGUUUGUCCUAUAUUUAUCAUAAAGGGUCAAACUUAUGUUGCUCUAUAUGGACUUGGCAACAUUAGGGAUGAGAGACUGAACAUAAUGUUAAAUGAACCACAUGCGGUUAAUUGGAUGCUACCUGAAAUCCGAGAUGAGAUAGACUGGUUCAACAUCUUGGUUCUUCAUCAGAAAAGAAAAAAGGCAAGUCCUAGCAAUGGUGUCAGUGAGCUCCUCCUGCCACGUUUUCUGGACUUGGUAAUUUGGGGCCAUGAGCAUGAAUGCCUAAUUGAUCCUGAGGAGGUUUCUGGAAUGGGUUUCCACGUCACCCAACCAGGUUCCUCAAUUGCUACCUCACUGAUUAAUUCUGAAGCAAAGGCAAAGCAUGUGCUCUUGUUGGAAAUCAAGGGGACACAAUACAGGCCAACCAAAAUACCUCUGCAGUCUGUAAGACCUUUUGAAUAUGUAGAGGUUGUACUGGAAGACCAGGUAGAUGUUGAUCCUAGUGAUGAAGCAACCAUUCAUGCCUAUCUGCACAGAAUUGUGAGCAACCUUAUUGAGAAGGUUAGGGAGACAGCAGCAAGUGGAUCAGAACCCAAGCUUCCACUAGUUAGAAUAAAGGUAACCCACUCUGGCUUCUCAACAAUAAAUUCCAAACAAUUUGGUCAGAAGUAUGUGGGCAAGGUUGCAAACCCGCAAGACAUCCUUCUUUUUACAAAAUCAGGGAAAAGGUGUAAAAAUACACAAGAAAGCCCUAACAGUUCUGGAGAGGUUGACACAAAUGACCUCAACCAACAAACCAUUGAAGCGCUCAUUUCAGAGACUAACUUGCAAUCGGAGAUCCUUCAUCUAAAUGACUUGAACAGCGCAUUGCAUGAUUUUGUCAACAACGACGACAAGACGGCAUUUCACUCCUGCUUGAAACAAAGCAUCGAUGAAGCAAGAAACAAGCUGACCACCGCCACGGAGGAUUCUACAAACAUCGAAGAGCAACAAAUAGCAUGCUCGCUGGAUCAGAACGUGCAGGCGCCAGGAAAGGAAACCAUUCUGCUGACCCAUGCACUCAGCGUUCUUGAAUCCGACGAUGAACCGGUUGAAUAUUCCGAUCAGGAGGAGAUGAGUAGCAGCAGCCAUCAAGCAGCGGGAAGGAAGAGGCGAGCGGCAUCCGGUGGGGGCGGCGGAGGAUCUGCGGCGUCUGCUGCCGGGAGGAGGAAGACUGACCUGGCUUUGUUCCAGAGGGCUCCGUCGAAGGAAGACGACGCUGAUGCGGCCAAGCAACGCCGGGCUCCUGUAAGUUGCAUUCAGCGAUCUCUCUGCAGCUUCUCCAUCUCCCAAUACAAUGGCCAGCCAUUUGUGCUUCCGUUUGUUACUAUAUUCAGAGUUCUCUGCAUACUGAAUGCACAUGUCCAGUGAAUGGAAGGAGCUACUUGUGCAGGUUGCACCCGGGAGGUAUGGGGCGGUGAUCCGGCGGAGGUGAUCGAUGAGCUCGCUGGAUGUGUCCUGCGGCAGUGGCUGAUGACUGAGAUUCCUUUUCGGGGUUGAGUGCUGGCGCCAGAAUUUGUCUGGCGAACUUGAGCCUCUGGGUGAGCUACUGGACUGGCUAGUGUAUUGAGGAGCUUAAGCAUUUAAGGUUCAGAGCAACGGUGGAGCAUUUCCUGACCGAUCAAGUAUUAAUGUUUACUAAUUGACUGCACAAUAUUAACUAAUUAGUUAAUCUGCUCUGCUAGUAGUCUUUUUAUGCACGACAUGGUUCUGCCCACCAGUAGCGAAUCUAGAAUUUUUAG